CUUGUUUUAACGCAAACUAUAAUAUUGGCUAAAAUGCAAAACUAUUUCCGUCCCAAUACGAUUUUGUCUUCGACGUAAAUAACAAUUACCGAUGCGUAAAUGCGUCCAGUGCUGAUUUGUGAUCGUCUAGCGCCUCCAGCGGCCGCUUCGCGCGCUGCCCGCAGGUUUGACGUAGGGCGUGAUUGCGCUCGCGCUCCCCCUCCCCCUCCCCCUCGGCUCCGUCUAUCUGGAAAAAGAAAAAAAAACUUUUUGUAUCGAAGGAAUCAACAGCCGCCAUCUUGUCUGGGCUCGGAAUCAGGAUUUCGAUAGAGCACUAUUAUUUAUUUUUGGACACGGAGCAUUUAAAUCGAGCUUUCACGACACCGUUCAGCGGACAAUGGAACCUUUAUAUCGCCGCGAAGGAAUUUUUGGCGAAAAACCCUGGAUUUAAUCAGCGUUUGUCGGCCACAAAACCCUCGUAUAUCUAAUUUCCCCUUCAGAGCGGCGCUUGCGUCCGUAUUUUGCUCCGAGCGGUUAUUGUUUACCGGACGCUUUUGGAGGACAGACAGCGCCGAGGAGACUAUUUUGCAAAAAGAUCUCAUUUUUAUGCAACCGUGCAUUUUUACACGGAGCCAGACGAUUUUUGCACGGAAAAAAUUGACGUCAGAAAAUGGAAAGCGUGCCGUUGCAAAAUUAACGACGUUCGCGCGCGAGGACUCCUGCGGAUAUUUUAUUUGGAAUUUAACGUUGAAUUCGCGGAAAGGAGGCGUUUUCUCUCGGUAAUAUAACGAUGAUAAUGUGGGUGUUGGGUGUUGGAUUAUCAUGGGGUGAAUGGUGGUGGCGACGCGGGGCGCUGUUGCUGCUUUUUUGAGAAAAUCCUCCGCCGAGCCGCUCCACACUCCCCACGUCUUUCAAAAGUAAGGUAACCUCUGUUUUUCUGACGAAAGGAUCCUUCACUUUGAAUUUUACCCCACGACAUUCGGCCAGAAGCUAAUUUUAAUCGCAAUGGCUGAGAAUGUGCUCGAAAGUGGCCCUCCGAGCGCGAAGCGAGCGAAGCUGACGGCACCUGCUCCAGACGCUUCAGAGUUGGGUUCACUUUCCUGGGAUGACCUGGAGAACGAUCUUCCAGAUGAGCUGAUACCUAACGGAGACCUGGGGCUGAUGUCCAUGUCCUCUAACGGUGGGGCUACAGGUACAGGCAGUCAUGGCCCCAUGGUCCCCGACGCUGCUGCCAAGCACAAGCAGCUCUCCGAGCUUCUGCGGCCAGGAAGCAGCGCUGGGAUGAACUCGGCCAGUCCGCAACCUGGCGGCAUCGGACCUCAGCUGGGCGGGCUUGGAAAGAGUCCCAUGGGCCAGGGCUCCCCUUCCCACCCCUCUCAAACACAGAAACCAGGCGGCACUCCUGGGACGCAGGGCAAUAACGCUGGCUCAGCUGGCAUGGGACUCGGCACGGGAUUUAACCAGGCCAUGCUGAACAGCAGCAUGAUGGGACAGAACGUGGGCGGACAGCCGGGUCAGGUGAUCAAUGGGACUCUCGGCUCUGUAGGCCGCGGUCGGGGAGCACCGGGGAUGCAGUACCAGGGUGCUGGCAUGCAGGUGGCACCUUCUGUAGGGGCGGGAGGAGCAGCGGGGGCGGCGGCACAGGGAGGAGCGGGGAGUGUCCUGGCAGAGACGCUCACACAGGGGGCACAGCAGAUGGGCAUCAACACCCAGCAAGCCGGCAAUAUCAACAAGAUGGGCAUGGCAGGUGGCAACAGUCCGUUCGGUCAGUACCAGAGUGGAGGGCAACAAAUGGGCACGACUGGCGUGAAUGCUCAGAAUAAAGGUGCCCUCCCCAACAGCCUGCCCCAGUUUCCAACUGACCUGAAGGGAGCGACGGUCACCAGCGUGCCAAACAUGCCCCAGCAGCAGCAGCAGCAGGUGUCGGUGGGGAUGGUGGCAGGUCAGGGCGUGUCCACGGGCCCCACGGCCGACCCAGAGAAGCGCAAGCUGAUCCAGCAGCAGCUGGUCCUGCUGCUCCACGCCCACAAGUGCCAGCGGCGCGAGCAGGCCAACGGCGAGGUGCGGGCCUGUGCGCUGCCCCACUGCAGGACCAUGAAGAACGUCCUCAACCACAUGACCCACUGCCAGGCCGGUAAAUCCUGCCAAGUGGCUCACUGUGCUUCAUCGAGGCAGAUCAUCUCGCACUGGAAGAACUGCACGAGGCAUGACUGUCCCGUCUGCCUCCCGCUGAAGAACGCCAGUGACAAACGCAACCAGCAACCAAUGCUGAGUCCCCCCAACGCUGGUCUGCAGAGCCCUAUCGGGACGGUCGGCACGGGGCAGCAGACGGCACCCGCUCUACCCAGCUCCACGCCCAUCGACCCCAGCUCCAUGCAGCGGGCGUACGCUGCCCUCGGCCUCCCCUACAGCAACCAGACCCCCACACAGACGCCACAGACCCAGCACCAGCAGCAAAUAAGAUCCAUCAACGUGCUCGGGGGUGGUCAGAUGAACCCAAUCGGCGUACCAACAUCAGACCAGGCUAAACUGCUCUCAGAUGGCACCAUGCCGUCAGCCCUUAACCCUAGCAAUCAGCUGAUGCCGGACAUCCCUACGUUAGGCAGCAUGGGUAACCUGCCCACAGCGGCCCCUCUGUCAGCCACCGGUGUGAGGAAAUCCUGGCACGAGCACGUCACUCAGGACCUCCGCAACCACCUUGUACACAAACUGGUGCAGGCCAUCUUCCCUACGCCAGACCCCGCCGCCCUGAAGGACCGUCGCAUGGAGAACCUGGUGGCGUAUGCACGAAAAGUGGAAGGGGAUAUGUACGAGUCGGCCAAUAGCAGGGACGAGUACUAUCACUUUCUGGCAGAGAAGAUCUAUAAGAUCCAGAAAGAGCUGGAGGAGAAGAGAAGGUCCCGAUUACAGAAGCAGAUUAUUAACCAGACGCCCAUGACUGCAGUAGGACAACAGCCACCGGCCCUCAACCAGCCUAAUGUUAUGGGACCUCGGCCACAGAAUGGACCCGUGCCUAUGCCCAAUGUGCCAAAUCAGAUCAUCAAUUGCAUGCAGGUGUCUCAAGGGUUGAAUCCAUUUGGCACGAUACCCAAUGUCCCGAUGUCUCAGGCUCCCAUGGCGACACGUGCCGCCUCUCCGAUAAACCAUCAACAGAUCAACAUGAACCAAGUCCCGACGAUGAAUAUGUCUCCCACGCGAAUGUCCCCCACGCAAAGCAUGCUGGGAGCUCACGGUGGGAACAUGGUGGCACAGACGGCCAACCAGACGCAGUUCAUGGCUCAACCACAGUUCCCCGCCAACACCAACGCCAUGAACGUCAACAUGGGCCAGCCCAACGCACAGGCGGGCGUUUCGCAGAGCGGUGAAACCCGUGUGCCCACCCCAGCAUCAGCAGCCAGCGCCGAGCUGCACUCCCAGCAUGCCAUGCCUGACGUACCGCCCAGUGACACUAAAACAGAAGAGCAAGAAUACGACAUAGGCAUCAAAACGGAGCCCAAGAUGGAGAUGGAGGACAACACAGGCUUCCUAUUGGUCAAAAAGGAGGAGCAGGAGGGGUUGGAGGCUAAGCAGGAGCCGAUGGAGACCGAGGACAAGAAGACAGACUUGAAGACGGAGACCAAAGAGGAAGAUGAAAGCCGAACGAACAGCACAACAUCCUCUUCACCGCCCCAGUCUCGCAGGAAAAUCUUUAAGCCAGAAGAGUUGCGGCAGGCAUUGAUGCCCACUCUGGAGUCUCUGUACAGACAGGAUCCGGAGUCUCUACCCUUCCGGCAGCCUGUGGACCCCAUGCUUCUUGGCAUCCCUGACUACUUCGAUAUCGUGAAGAACCCCAUAGACCUGUCCACUAUCAAGCGCAAACUGGACACGGGUCAGUAUCAGGAGCCGUGGCAGUACGUGGAUGACGUGUGGCUGAUGUUCAACAACGCGUGGUUGUACAACAGGAAGACGUCGCGCGUGUACAAGUACUGCUCCAAACUGGCCGAGGUGUUCGAGCAGGAGAUCGACCCAGUCAUGCAGAGCCUCGGUUACUGCUGCGGAAGGAAGUACGAGUUUUCUCCUCAGACGCUGUGCUGUUAUGGCAAGCAAUUGUGUACAAUACCCCGAGACGGCACUUAUUACAGUUAUCAGAACAGGUAUCAUUUCUGCGAGAAGUGCUUCAAUGAGAUUCAGGGAGACAGUGUGACGCUAGGAGAUGAUCCAGCUCAGCCCCAGACCAUGAUCUCUAAAGACCAGUUUGAAAGGAAGAAGAAUGACACGUUAGAUCCUGAGCCGUUUGUUGAAUGUAAAGACUGUGGGCGGAAGAUGCAUCAGAUCUGUGUCCUGCAUUAUGAGGUUAUCUGGCCUUCUGGUUUCAUCUGCGAUAACUGUUUGAAAAAGAGUGGGAAGACGAGAAAAGAGAGCAAGUUUUCGGCAAAAAGGUUGCAGGUGACGCGGUUAGGCACGUACAUAGAAGAUCGGGUGAACAAAUACUUGAAGAGACAGAACCAUCCGGAAGCUGGAGAGGUGUUCGUGCGAGUCGUAGCCAGUUCAGACAAAACGGUGGAGGUCAAACCUGGCAUGAGGGCCAGGUUUGUAGACACAGGAGAGAUGCCCGAGAGCUUCCCCUACAGAACCAAAGCACUUUUCGCCUUUGAGGAGAUUGAUGGAGUGGACGUGUGUUUCUUCGGCAUGCACGUGCAAGAGUACGGCUCUGAUUGCCCUUUCCCUAACACCAGACGGGUAUACAUAUCGUACCUCGAUAGUAUUCACUUCUUCAGACCUCGCAUGCUGAGAACAGCAGUCUAUCACGAAAUCCUCAUCGGCUAUUUGGAAUACGUCAAGAAGCUUGGAUAUGUUACGGCACACAUCUGGGCAUGUCCACCUAGUGAAGGUGAUGACUAUAUCUUCCACUGUCACCCUGCCGACCAGAAAAUCCCAAAACCCAAGCGCCUGCAGGAGUGGUACCGCAAAAUGCUGGACAAGGCAUUUGCUGAGCGGAUACUGCAUGACUACAAGGACAUCUUUAAGCAAGCAACUGAGGACCGUUUGACGAGUGCAAACGAGCUUCCAUAUUUUGAGGGUGAUUUUUGGCCCAAUGUGUUGGAGGAGAGCAUCAAGGAGUUGGAACAGGAGGAAGAGGAGAGGAAAAAAGAAGAAAACACGGCAGCUUGUGAAACUCCAGAGGGCAUGCCAGGGGACAGUAAGAAUGCAAAGAAGAAGAACAACAAGAAAACAAAUAAGAAUAAAAGUAGCAUGAGCCGAGCUAAUAAAAAGAAACCUGGGAUGCCGAAUGUAGCCAGUGAUCUUUCUCAGAAACUCUACGCCGCAAUGGAGAAACACAAAGAGGUGUUUUUUAUAAUCCAUCUGCACUCUGGGCCCAUGGUCAACUCAUUACUACCCAUUGUUGACUCCGAUACCCUUUUGACCUGCGACCUGAUGGACGGAAGGGACGCAUUCUUGACGUUAGCACGGGAUAAACACUGGGAGUUCAGCUCUUUACGGCGCUGCAAAUGGAGCACCAUGUGCAUGCUGGUGGAAUUGCACAACCAGGGCCAGGACCGCUUUGUCUACACCUGCAACGAAUGUAAACACCAUGUCGAGACACGCUGGCACUGUACUGUCUGCGAGGACUUUGACUUGUGCAUUAGUUGCUACAACACUAAGGGCCACGAGCACCAGAUGGUUAAGUGGGGUCUGGGUCUGGACGAUGACAACAGUCAAAGCGGCGAGGCCUCCAAGAGUCCACAGGAGAGUCGGCGUCUAAGCAUCCAGCGUUGCAUCCAGUCUCUGGUGCAUGCCUGCCAGUGCCGCAAUGCCAACUGCUCCCUGCCAUCUUGUCAGAAGAUGAAGCGUGUAGUGCAGCACACCAAGGGCUGCAAACGCAAGACAAACGGUGGCUGUCCAGUGUGCAAGCAGCUCAUUGCGCUCUGCUGCUAUCAUGCCAAGCACUGUCAGGAGAACAAGUGCCCCGUGCCCUUUUGCCUCAACAUCAAGCACAAACUGCGUCAGCAGCAGCUGCAGCACAGGCUCCAGCAGGCGCAGAUGAUGCGCAGACGCAUGGCUACUAUGCAGGGCCGAGCCAUGCCUCAGAGCCUACCCUCGCCGCCUGCAUCAACAGCCCCCAGCACGCCCACCUCACAUCAGCAACCCAACACCCCUCAAACACCGCAACCGCUAUCCAACCAGCCAACGACUCCCAAUGCGGGCGUCAUGUCCCCGGCUUAUCCCAAUGCUCCCCGCAAAGGACAACCCCCUCCUCAAGCUUCACAGGGCAAACCAGGCCCACAGGCUUCCCCGCUACACCAGCAGCAGUCUCCGCUCCCGCAACCUCCCCAGCAGCAGCAGCCAACGGCACAACAGCCUCCUCAGCAACAGCCUCCGCCUAUGGCGGUCAAAAUGGCACGGCACAUAGAGAUGGUCGCGCAGGCUCAGCACCAACAGAACUAUCGCAUGACCAUGAAUGGCCUUCCCAUGAACCACCAGCAGCCACGCAUGCCAGGCUCGAUGCAGCCGCCCAUGCAGCAUGUUGGGCCACGCGGGCAACAGGUCAUGCCGCAAAUCCCGCAAGGACAGUGGACUGGAGGCCCUCAGCCAGGCAUGCAAGCGGCUCAGCAGCAGGUUGCUCCGCCACAGACCACACCACAGACCAUGCCUAUACAGAGGCCCAUGAUGCCCCAGCAAGCUGCACAGCCACGCAUGAUGGUGCCCACGCAGGGCCCGCGACCGCAAGCACUCCAGAGACCCGGAGCCAUUGCCCCAAAUGCCUUGCAAGACCUGCUACUCACCCUCAAGUCGCCCAGCUCGCCCCAACAACAGCAGCAGGUGUUGAACAUCCUCAAAUCGAACCCGCAACUCAUGGCCGCCUUCAUCAAACAGAGGACCGCCAAGUACCACGCCAACCAGCCGCAGCAGCAACAAGCGCAACAAGGCAUGCAUGCAGCGCAGAACAUGGCAGCAAUGCAGGCGGUGCCACGACCCGGCAUGGCGCCGCAGCAGCAAGCACAGCAGCCCGCUCCACAGGGCAUGGCAGCUCUUGGAGCGCAGGGGCAGCUCAUGAACCCUGUGCACGCCAACAACCCUCAGCUGCAGGAGUUGUACCGCCGUCAGCUUUUGCGGCAGCAGCAGCAGCAGGCAGUGAUACCGCAGGCACAUGGCCAGUUCCCACAGGCACAAGGGACUGCUACCAACUACACGCAACUCCGGAUGCAGCAGCAGCAACAGUUGGCCAUGCAGGCAACAGGCGGACCCAUGGGACAGCUGCCCCCUAUGGCCCAGAUGGGGCAAGCUGGGAUGGGAAUGGACGGCACAUCCAACCUCCUGCACCAACGCAUGCUCCAGCAGCAGCAGGUCAUCCUCAAGCCUCCAAUGGGCUCGCCGGCGCAACCGAGUUCAAUGAGCCCACAAACUCACCUGCUUUCCGGCCAGCCACAAGGCGUGCACCUCCCCGGCCAACCCAUGGCUAAUGCACUCAGUAAUCAGGUGUGCUCGCCGGCCCUCGUACAGUCGCCCAGACCUCCGUCGCGGCAGCCCCCUCCACAUUCCAGUCCUUCCCCACAGGUUCAGCCGCAGCCUUCGCCGCAGCACACAGGAUCACCACACCCUGGACUGACGACGCCCAUGCCUGGCUCCAUGGAGCAGGCGCACCUGGGCACACCUGAGCAGAGUGCCAUGCUCCCGCAACUUAAUACGCCCAACCGCCAAGGGCUGCCCAGUGACUUAGGCAUGGUGGGAGACACAACGGGAGACACGCUGGAGAAAUUUGUGGAGGGAUUGUAGCGUUUACUGGGAGACUCCACCCACCACAGUCUCCUCGUUCCUCUUUUUUUGUGUCUCUGUUGGUUUUUCUCUAAUAUUCUCGAAUUUUUUUGUACUGACAUGUAAAAAGUUUGAAGAAAUGUAUGGGGGGAAAAAAAAGAAAUUUAUGUCAACAAGGAAUAGGGAAUGUUGAUGUUUCCUAAAAACAC